AUGAACAUUGUAGGAAAGUUCAGUUUAAUGAUACCAUGGAGUAUAUUCUUGCUUCAUUCACUGCUGUCCACUUUGCAAGGAUCUUAUUGCAAGCUUUCUCUUUUGAGAACUUUGAGAAAUGAGUCUAAUGCAACACAACAGAAAAGAGAUCUUGUAACAGCCGAGGUUCAAAGCUGCCUCCUUCAAUUGCACCAUCAUGGGGCCCUGAUGUGGAGUCCACCAGGAGGUUCAUGUCCUCAGGAGUGCCUUAAUGGAGCAACCUGCACAGAGGCAGGUGACUGUGACUGUCAGUUAUUUCAGGCUCAAGGAAGCAGGUGCCAAAUUGUACCUAACACUGGUAAGGACCGAGAUGGGAUUUGCAAAUCGUGGGGACAGUAUAAUUUUGAAACGUUUGAUGGCAUCUACUACUACUUCCCAGGAAAUUGCUCCUAUAUAUUUGCAAAAGACUGCAGUACUCUGGAACCCCAAUACACUGUUUGGGUUCAUAACAGUCCUCACUGUUAUGGUUCAGUAUAUACUUGUCAUAGGUCCAUCAGCUUAUUUUUUUCAAGCCAAGAAGAAAUAAGGAUUUCAGGACAUGAAGUAAGAAAAAAUGGAGUCAGAUUAAUAUUGCCUCAGACAGUUGGAAAUGCUUUCAUUGAGAGACUGGCUGAUUAUAUUCUGGUGAAGACUACCUUUGGUUUUUCUCUUGCUUGGGAUGGAAACUCUGGUAUUUAUAUUAAGCUGACAGAAGAUCGUAAGGGAAAACCUUGUGGCCUUUGUGGAAAUUUUAAUGGCAAUAAAUAUGAUGACCUGAUACUUCAAAAUAGUGAAUAUACAGAAGACAUUGCUGAAUUUGCAAAUAGCUGGGCUGUGCAAGCCUCAGAUGAUUUAACUUGUGUCCCUACUAUCUCCGAUUUUUCCAGUCCUUGCUCAGCCAAUGCAGAAUCCACUGAGGACAUAUUCUUCAAGUGCCAAAUAUUCCUACAGUUUCCUUUUCUCAGCUGUCAUGAAAGUAUAGAUCCGUAUUCUUAUAUUUCGAGCUGUAUGAAUGAUCUAUGCAGAGUGGAUGAUGAUGAAACAUACUGCAGGGCAGUGACAGAGUAUGCUAGAGCAUGCUCUCACGCUGGGUCCCCAGUGAGGGACUGGAGGGAUGACUUUCCUGCCUGUGCUGAGAAAUGUGAAGACACCUUUGUUCACCGUGACUGUAUCAGCUGUUGUCCACCAACUUGCACAUUUGAAAAAGAUUGUCUUGGCAGCAAUCUGCACUGCUUAGAUGGCUGUUACUGUCCAGAGGGUCUCAUUAUGGAAAAUGGAACUUGUAUCGCUUUGUCGAAUUGUCCUUGUAUUUAUCAUGGAACUGCUUUCCCUGUAGGCUCAAAAAUUGAACAAGAAUGUAGCAACUGUGUUUGUGUUGGUGGCAUUUGGAACUGCACUGAUCAUGACUGUCCAGCUGAGUGCUCCAUCAUAGGCAGUUCUCAUUUCACAACAUUUGAUGGACGUCAUUUUACCUUUCUUGGGAUAUGCCAGUACAUUUUGGUAAAAGGUACUGGAAAAAACAAAUUCACAAUCACUUUACAGAAAGCACCUUGUGGACAGAACUUUGACCACGCCUGCAUUGAGUCUAUAACACUAGUUCUUGAAGAUGAUGUGAGGAAACAAGUAACUCUCACAAGAUAUGGUCAAAUCCAUACUGUCCCUAACCAAGUUCUUAACCUCAAUGGGGCUAUUGAAAUUCAGAAUAUAUCUACUUUCUUUGUUCAACUGAAAACUAGUUUUGGUUUGAAGAUACUGUUUGCUAAAGAUGGAGAGAGGAUCUAUGUUCAAGUUGAUGUCAGAUGGAAGAGAAGAACAUUAGGACUAUGUGGAACAUUCAAUGGAAAUUUAAGAGAUGAUUUUCUGUCUCCAGCAGGGAUGAUAGAAGGGACCCCACAACUUCACGCGAAUGCAUGGAAGGUUUCCUCAGCUUGCUCCAUGCCUAUCAAUAUUCCUGUGGUUGAUCCUUGCAACAUGAAUCAGCAAAAUGCUGGGUAUGCCUCUCACUGUGAUAUCAUCAACCAAGCUGUUUUUGCUCCCUGCCAUGCCUACAUCAGUCCGGGGCCGUUCUACCAGCUCUGCCGCUUUGACGCGUGCAAAUGUGGAAGCAGCUGCUUGUGCAACGCUUUGGCACACUAUGCUUAUGUCUGUGGCAAGCACGGCAUCAUCAUUGACUUCAGAUCUCAUGUUUCUUACUGUACUGUGAUGUGUCACAGUGGUAUGCUCUAUCAUCAUUGCUCUUCUUUUUGUAAACAUUCCUGUGCUUCACUUUCUAUGGCAAAUAUCUGUGCUGAUGACUGUGCAGAAGGAUGUAAUUGUCCUGAUGGGAAGUAUUUCGAAGAGUCGGUCAACUUUUGUGUAUCAAUGUCUGGCUGUCAUUGUCAUUAUAAAGGCAAAGCCCUCCAGCCUGGAGAAAUCCUUCCUACGCCAACAGGCUCCUGUCAAUGUUUGAAUGGAACAGUGAAAUGUAUUGAAGCCACUACAGAAAACAUAGCUCACAUAUGCCCUGAAGGAAAAAUCUACUAUGACUGCAGAUCUCCUGUGCCUGGGUUACCAGCAGCAGGAGUGAAUUGUGGGAUCUCUUGCACGAACCUUGCCAUGAACUUCUCCUGUGUCCUCUCACCACCCUGUGCAAGUGGCUGCAUUUGUCCCCCUGGGAUGGCUGAGCACAGAGGGAAAUGUUAUAUUCCUGACAGUUGUCCAUGCACUUGGAAAGACAGAGAAUUUCUGUCAGGAGAAGUGAUAGCUACUCCAUGUUACACCUGUGUUUGUAGGAGAGGCAUCUUCAACUGCACCAGUUAUCCCUGCCCUGCUGUCUGCACCAUUUAUGGAGACCGACAUUACUACACCUUUGAUGGACUGGAGUAUGAUUAUGUCAGUGACUGCCAAACCUACCUGCUAAAGAGCACAGAUAACUCAAAUAUAUCUAUAAUUGCUCAGAACAAAAAGUGCUUUGACAAUGAUAUUGUUUGCUCAAAGAAUGUUUUCAUCACUAUUGGAGACACUGAGAUUUAUUUUAGUGAACCUUCUGAGAAGCAGAAGACCCUAGGGGCACACAAAACCAAAUCUAACUAUCAGCUCUGGAAGGCUGGAUAUUACACUGUGAUACACUUUCCAGAAGAGGACAUUACAAUUCUGUGGGAUAAGAAGACAAUGAUGCAUGUUAAAGUUGGACCUCAAUGGAAGGGCAAACUGGCAGGCCUGUGUGGAAAUUUUGACAAAUAUACUUCAAAUGAUCUGACUACAUCAAACAAUAUGGAGGUGAGAAAUGCACAGGUGUUUGGAGACAGCUGGGUAUUAGGACAGUGCAAGAGCCCAAAUGAAACACUGAGACCAUGUGAAGUACAUCAGAACAAGUUCCCUUAUGCCAAAAAGGAAUGCUCAAUUUUAUACAGUGACCUUUUUGCACCUUGUCGCAAUGUGAUUGAUGUGACUUCUUUUAUCAAAAAUUGUCACACAGAUACAUGCAACUGCAAUCUUGGUGGGGACUGCGAGUGUUUGUGUACCAGUAUUGCGGCUUAUGCCCACAAGUGCUGCCAGCAAGGAGCAGCAAUUCACUGGCGAUCUCCUUUGCUCUGUGCUUAUGACUGUGAAUAUUACAACCAAGUUCUUGGUGAAGGACCCUAUAUUUUGUCAAGUUUUGGAGUGAAUGACACAAUUAUAGGGGCUAAUGUAUCCAGCAAAAGGAUAUUUCCCUUGCCUAGAACUGGAGCAAAUGGAAAUGUAAUUUUCAGUUUCAUGAUAACUCCGGGUCUUUUCAAAGAUAAAGAUUUAUCUAUGUCUCUUGUUUCCCUUGAAUCUGCUGAAAGACCGAACUACUUCCUGUAUGUACAUGACAAUGAAACCAUUGGGCUAGAGCAGUGGCAGGCAAGUGCCUCCUUUCAGAGACGAGCCACCUUCUUCCACCACCAGGGUCUCUGGAGUCCAGGGCUCAGUGCCUUCGAGCUGCACAGUAAAAAAGGCUUUUUCAUCGUUCUCACCUCAUCCAGUGUUAAAGUGGAAAAGUAUGAUGAUUCAGAAGAAUUCAAACAUUUCAGUAGCUUUAGUAUUGAAGACCUCAGUGCUUCUGUGCCUUACAGAAGGAUGUGUGAAUGGCGAUAUGAAUCUUGUGCUAAUCCUUGUUUUAAGACAUGUAGUGAUCCUGAAGGAAUAGCAUGUAAAUUUCUUCCUCUGGUUGAAGGAUGCAUGCCAUACUGUCCCAAAAGCAUGAUCCUUGAUGAGGUCACACUCAGAUGUGUUUAUCCAGAAGACUGCAUACCUGUGACACGUACAGAAUCAGAAAUUGGACUGAAACCUUCACUUCCUAUUCCAACACAUUCUGAAUUACUAACACCCAGUUCCCUAGUGGUAGUUCAAUUUUCACUGGAAACAUCAACCACUCACCUAGGAACAAAAUGCAAGCCAAGAUACCUCGAACCUGUUGAUAAAUGUAACCAAUAUGUAUGUGUUAAUAUGGGUUGGAUGUUAUACAAUCUUUCAAGGAACUGCCCUAAGGAUGUGCAUAAGCCAGAUUGUGGUUUUCGAGGAAUGCCUGUUCAAGUUAACACUGAUAGCUGUUGUCCAGAAUGGGAAUGUCCCUGUCAGUGUUCUGUACUGUCUGAACUAAGUGUUAUUACGUUUGAUGGAAACAACAUAGCCCUCUGUAAUAUGGCUUCCUAUGUUUUGGUCAAGUUACCAGGAGAAAUUAUUGUUGCUCAUAUUGAAAAAUGUCCUGCUAAUCAGAGUGCAAAUUCAAUAAGAAAACUAGUGCCACCUGCAAACACUUCAGGGCUCUGUUUUAAGAAGUUAAAUGUCACAACACACACUUGUCAAAUACUUAUCAAUCGCUUAGAAAGAAAAGUAGUUGUAGAUUCUGUAAUUCAACUAUUACCAUUUUCAAAAGAAGGACUGAGCAUUCAGGAUACUGGUGCAAUGUAUGUUGUUAAUACCCCAGCUGGUAUUAGCAUCAAGUGGGCUCAUGUUACAGGCAUCAUAGACAUACAGUAUGGAUCACACUCUGACAAAACGAGGAAGACAGAAGGACUUUGCGGGUUGUGUAAUGGAGAUCCUAGUGAUGACCUGAAAAUGAAAAACAUGACCAUAAUUACAAAUAUGGAGGAAAUUGAAAUGUUCAUUAAGAGUUGGGAAGUUGAGAAAUCAUUUGAUGUAACAACCAGGAGGCCAGUAAGAAACUGUACUGAAGAUAACUGCACAUACUGUAUGGAACUGUUAAGGAGAAGCAUUUUCAUCCCUUGUCACAAGAAAGUGUCACCACAGGAAUUUUGUGAGAAGAUGUGGAUCAACAGUACUAAUUUUUGGAAUUAUGAGUGUGAUGCACUUUCUGCAUAUGUGGCUUUAUGUAACAAGCACAACAUUUGCAUUAAAUGGAGGACACCUGAUUAUUGUUCAUUGAGCUGUCCUGAGGGCAAGGAAUACGAGCCCUGUGUGCAACCCUGUGAAGCCAAGACAUGCUUGAAUAAAUGGUUCUAUGAAGAGUUUCCCUGCUCCUAUUUAAGGGAAGACUGUGUGUGUAAAAAUGGCACCAUUUUGCAUAGAACAGACUCUGACCUCUGUAUACCAGAAGAAAAAUGUACUUGUACAGAUAAUAAAGGACAACCCCACUCUGCUGGGGAGAUCUGGAAUGGGUCCAUGAGCGGGUGCUGCAUGUACAGCUGUUUAGAAAAUGGAAGCAUUAUUGCUGUAGAACCUGAAUGCAGUGAGGAUCCACCACCAGUCUGUGAAAGAGAAGGGGAAGUUCUACUCCAUGUCAUUGAAGAGAGAGCUUGCUGCCCCAAGAAAGUUUGUGAAUGUAACAUGUCAUUAUGUGAUGCCAUUAUUCCAACAUGCAGACCCAAUGAAAAAUUAGUGGUAGGCUACCAUCCUCUGUCCUGCUGUCCACAGUACCGAUGUGAAUGUGAUCCUUCAGUUUGUUUUAAUGCCUCUCAGCCUGACUGCAGAGAAGAUCAAUUUAUUGUUGAAGCAAAACAGGAAGAUCCCUGUUGUUUCUCUCAUCUCUGUGUGUGUGAAUCCUGUAUUGAACCUGUUCCCAUGUGUAGUGAAGGGGAAAUUCUCACUGUAGACCUUAAUACCAUACACUACUGUUGUCCUCAUUACUACUGUGUUUGUGAUGAAAAUCUUUGUUCUGAGCCUCCUAUGAUUUGCACAGAUGGCAUGACACCUGUGAAGGAAAAAAUACUUGGGCAAUGUUGUCCGGAAUGGCACUGUGAAUGUGGUUGUGAAAAUGCUACUAUGCUGACCUGUAAAUUGGGAGAAGUUAAAAAAAUAGAUAACAGUGUUUCCAGUGCUUGUGGAUGCACUCACUACAUUUGUGAGAAGGAUGAUGUGUGCAUCUUCCAAGGGGUCACAGUACUGAAUCCUGGACAGUCAGUGAUUCAGUACUUGGAUGGAGACCUUUGUUACACUGUACAAUGUUUACAAGAAAAAGAUCAGAACACUGGCUACAAUGCCAUGCAUUUCACAAUGAUUAACUGUUCCCAGCAAUGUGAAGCUCAUCAAGUAUAUAUUCCUUCCUUCAGUCACCAUAGUUGUUGUGGUACAUGUCAAAAUGUGUCCUGCUCUUUUCAUACAGAGAAUGGAACGCUGAUUGUGUAUGAGGAAGGAAGCACCUGGACAUCCAAUUGUACCAACUACAAAUGUGUAAAGACUGCUGCAGGGGCUAUUGUACUGGGGUCUAGUGUUGUCUGCCCCCCGUUUAAUGACACUGAGUGUACAAAGAAUGGAGGAAUUGUGCAGACGUAUAAUGAUGGCUGCUGCAAGACCUGCAAAAAGGAAGAAAAGAUUUGCCAGAAAAUGACAAUCAGGACAACCAUACGAAAAAAUGACUGUAUAAGUCAAAGCCCGAUAAAUGUGGCAUCUUGUGAUGGAAAAUGCCCAUCUGCAACAAUUUUCAAUGUCAAUAUUGACAGCCAUCUAAGAUUCUGUAAGUGUUGUCGAGAAAUUGGAACAAGAAUCCUGACUGUGCCCUUGCGCUGCUCAGGAAAUGGCACCGAAAUUAUGUACGUCCUUCAAGAGCCUAUAGACUGCUCAUGCCAAUGGAACUGAACAUGACUGUGGACGUGGUUUAGCUUUCAUCAGACACAGUUUUUUGGUCAUGCAUGGGUAUAGUAUUCUGCAGGGAAAUUAAAAAAAGUUAAACUUCACACUCAGGCUGCCUUGGCCUUGCCAGAAAGCGAACAUCUAUUAAAACCCGUGAAUAUUUCCUGGACAGCCCACCCAGCCCUUUUACCUCCAGGAAGGUGAAGCUGGC